AUGGGACAGUGUCUUUGUAAGUCAACUUCUCCGCCAGAAGAAGAAAUGGAAGAAGUUGAAUUGGAGGAAAUAAAUGAGGCUCCGAUUCCGCCCCCACCUAGAGCACUUCCACCUAAAAUGGUUGCAUUGAUAAAGUCGAAAGCUGGGACACAACCUCGUCAAGGAUUCUACGAAGACGUUGCAAACUCAUACAUUCGUAUUGUUAUGGACCUCCGCAAAAGGGCUCUACGUCUUGAAGUUCUUCUGAAAGAUUUCGAGCCUCAUAGAUCCCCGGCUGAUGGGAACAUCAAUGUUCUCCCAUUCCGGAUUGGAAUCCAAAAUCUCGGUUCGGCAUACGAGGACUUCCUUCGGGUGUCCUCUGUGAAAGUUGAUGACUAUGUGCAAAAGCGAAAGGAUAUGGCUUCUGAAGGAUUCAAGGACUGGUUCAUUAUGAAGGAGGUUGUGGAUGUCAUGUUCAGAGAGAAAUGCAUCAAUCUGAGAGAGAUGAGACGAAUGGUCCAGGUCCAGAAAGAUCACGCAGAGCAACUAUUGCAGGAUGUUGUGGAUUCGAAGAUUCCUCCAAGACAAGAAAGAAAUAAGCUUGUUGAUAACCUUUCGACACAAUAA